AUGUGUGAGAAGACCCGAAUACUUCCUAGUGAAGAUCAUGUGUUCGUGUAUGAAAGUCGCGACGAGAGCCAAGAAAGCUUGCUUUCCGUGGAAAGAGGUCGGGUGUUCGACGAUGUCCUCAUCCAUGCCGAAAAAAUGCGGACACCCAAAGGUUGGCAUUUCCCAGAAAAAUUGAAGGUGAUUCAAAGGAGCGUCUACUAUUUGGUUUAUGUUGACGGUGUCCCUACUCUUGCUUGGACAUCGUUGGGUUCAUUCUUACGAGGAACCCAGUAUGGGUUUCACUCGAUAGCAAUACCCGUCGAAAACAUUGCGGAGACGAGGCUCGAGUGUUUGCGAGUGAGAGACUCUGUGCUCGCAAUGGUGCAAUUUGGCCAAGGAUCGCUACAUGUUUACGAACUAACCGAUGGAUACGCAUUGAAGCAUUUGCAUUUUUUCACCGUCGCUGGCGAAAUCUUGGAAUGUCAAGCUUUUCUGUCGGGCAAGAAUGAAGUGUACCUAGCUGCGUUGACCGUCGAAGGAAAUCUUCUGGCUUGUCCAUUGAAGUUGAAAGAAUCAUUUUUGGAGUGCAAUGUGAAGGACUAUAUUGAAGGUCCUUUGAAGUACGCUGCUCCUUUUAAUGGUGGAUUUUUAGCCGUGGACAAGUCUUCUUUGUGGUGUUUUCGUUUCGAUGCGCUUUCGCUAGACCUGAAAAUACAUCGAUAUGCUGGAGCAAAACUUGCUCGUAAGGCUCUGGAAGUGCUGAUCUCACUGAAACCAUGCCUCGAUGGAGGCGUUGUAGCAUUUUUCGGAAGUCGUGGGAAACAUUGCCUGAUGAAAUUUGACGCGGAUGACGGAAACGACUUCGUUGAAGUUUCGCACCCACCGCCGUAUCCAACCAACACAGACGAACUCAGCAGUCUCGCACGUCAACUUAUUCAGAUGACCGAGCGAAGGAGAUCCUCAACAAGAUAUUCUGAAUACCUUGACUUGGAAAUCGAGGCUUCGUUAGCGAUUUCCUUGCGAAGCUUUCCAUCUUUAGCAGAAUCAGUUUUCAAAGUUACGAAGGUUGAAGUCUCUGGGGAUUUCCGCGCGUGGAAAAUCGCUGUGGGAGUUCAGUUGAAUCCGUCCAGUGGUUCUGGAGCUUUGACGUGGACCCAUCUGAACUGUGCAUUUGGGGGAUUGUGGUCGUUGCACAUGGAUGGAGUGAAAUUUGGAAAACUUCUGACCGAUCCGCGGAAUUUUGAGAGGUUGAUGGACUCAUCGCGACGACAUCGUUCUGCGCAGAUGUCAUCCAUCAAGAUUUCCAAACCGGUUUUCGAAUGUUUGAUGAAGUGCGGGUUCGUUGGAAACCAGUGUGCGAAGUUCCUGUUUUUCCGUGAACACGGAGCUGUCCGGUUGACUGUAGACCCGAUCGGAGAAGAAUAUCAGGUCGACGUGUUCGGUUCGGGAUUACGUUGUGUGUCCGCAAUAAGUGCCAUGAUUCUCAGUGCGGUGCUUCGGAGACGAUUUGGUCUCGUUUCUAAUCACAGAGCUAUCGCUUUACGCGGAUUUUGUUCGGAAAAUGACGACGAAGCAAAAAGUGCGAAAGCCGCAAAUUCGGACCCGAAGAAAAAUGCAGCCCCAUUCAAGCCAUCGAAUAAACUGCAAGAAUUGCUGCUCAGCAUGAAAAAGACGACUGACGUGGAGGUGGAGGCGAAAAAAAUCACUCCGAGUAAACCUGGUGGAAAGGAAAAAGUUAGGAAAUUGAAGGAGAAAAUGCGGGUUAAAACAUUCGAUGAAAAAUUGGAAGAAGCUGCGCGAAAAACAGCUGAAACAGUUCCUGGUGAUCCGAUGAAAACGGAGUCAGAAUUGCUUCGAAGGCUCCGUGAUACUACUGCGGAGGCGAAGGAGAAGAGUCUCGAGCAACUUGUCGUCGGUAUGAAGAUUGAGAAGAACUCCGAUGCCGUCCAAUCCAAGAGAUCACGAGAUUUUUCGGACAGGGCGAGACAUCUUCCGCUUCGAAUGUCUGGGGAUAGGAAGCGCAUUGAUUUAUUCGGAGCUAAGCCUCUCGGCAUUUUCGCCGAAAUUGGAGAAGAGUCUUCGACUGCUUCAUUGUGCCCCGUCUAUGACAAGUUCGCCGACAGAGAGCUGGCUUUAUUGACCACUCAUCCGCCGAAAAACGCGCUCGAAGAAAUGAUUGUUUGGACGGAUCAAGGAAAGCUUUGGAAGUUCCCGAUUGAUAAUGAACAGGGGUGGGAACAAGAGAAGAACGUGAGUUUUGAGGAACACGUGUUUCUCGAAGAGCACCUAGAACCUUGGUGUCCUGAAUCGGGUCCUGUGCGAACGUUUAUGGAAUUGGUUUGUUAUGGCUUGUCAAUGAAUCCAUGGAUGUCAGUCUCCUAUAAGAAACAAACUAUACUUUGGUAUAAGGACUACUUCGCUUCGAAGGAACCGCUUUUGAAAGCAGUUGAUCUGAACAUGAGUGCGAUUGUGAAAGAAGGUUUUUUGUGCCCGAUGUGCAUGGAAGAUCUGGAGAGUGUUCUCGGUCUUCAGGCUCAUUUCGAAAAUGUUCAUCAAAACCCGGAGGACUCGAAUGCGAUCCUACAGUCAUUCAAAGGUGCUAUCGGUCGCGCGAAGAAAGUCCUGAAGGAAGAUCUGCUCGCCGGAAUCGCUGGAAAUGUCGGGGAUUCAUACGGAUCUCCUAUUGGUGCUGGCCAAUCAGAAAUAAACAAGUCGUCAUCAUCUUCACUACUCACGUCGAUCGUAUCCACGCCUCGGAAAGUUGACCCUGGGCCUGAGUACGACCCAGAAACGUGGCGUGACCAGCCCCUGGGUGUAACCCGUUCCCACUUCGCGUACUUCAAGCAAUUUAAACAAAAUCGCCAUGAGCGAUAUGCCACAGAGACGAACAAACUCAUUUUGCGCCUAGACAAACUGGUUCGGGGUGUGAAAGAUGACCACAGUGGAUCCAGUUCUCCGUCUCGAAUACCUGGCAGUCGGAGGGAUUACGAAAAGGCUGUGGUGCCCUGGAUUGAUGAUUCGGUGGUGAAAUUGUGUCCGGAAUGUGCCAAAUCUUUUGGCAUUACGAACAGGAGACAUCACUGUCGACUGUGUGGAAUGGUCAUGUGCCAGAACUGCAGUUGUUUCGUUGAUCAAGAGAAAAGUCGGAAAUUGACGUCUGUGGUGAAGUCUGCCGUUAGACCGCAGCUUUCAGAUCCUCGCCCCAGACGACACUCCUCCGCCUCCGGUCGAUUUUCCGUUUCGAUGAGUGAAAUUAGAGAUCUGACGACUUCGCUGAAAGCUACGCUCACUCCCGACGCUGUCAGUGGAGGACCUGCAGAUUCUGUUCGGGUUUGCAAACACUGCAAUUCUCUGUUGAGCAGGCGUCUCGAACAUAUGAUGCUUGCCACGGACAAGCCGCCGUUGCUUGAUUUGUAUGACAGAUUGAAGAUUGUGAUGGCUGAAGGAGAGAUCCUGGUUCCAAAGUACGUUGAAAUCAUAGAAUUCCUUCACUCGGGGCACCCGGGAUACAAUGUUCCUGAUGCUCAGGAUUUGCGACAACAAAUUCUGAAGGCUGCUGAAACGAUCGACUGCAUAAGUAAAAAGAUUUCUGUGCUUGGCGUCCCGUUGGAUGCCGAAACGCAGGAUGAAAAUGAGAGACAGCAAGUCGACCCCAAAACGUUGCAGCUGCAAGCGCAAAUACGAUCGUACGCGAUACAUUUCUUGAAAUCGAAUAUGAUUGGUUUGCCUCCGCUGCCUUCAACGGAACAAAUUGAAAGGGCGAAAGAAGAGCGGGCUUUGAGUAUUCAACGGAGAAUUGCGAAAGCCGAAGAGCGAGACAGAAAACUGGCAAAAGGAGAUUCCCCUGGUCCAGUGGCUAUGAGCUGGACGCCCCGAAGUGAUUCUGCCAGAAAGGGCAAUGUGGACGAAGACCCUUUGCUACAGCAAAUCAGGAUAAUCGAGAGUUACAUUGACCAAGCACGAGCAGCAGAUCGCCUGGAAGAAGUGUUGAUCCUUUUUUGCCCUCUUGAAGUGCGAUUGUUGAGUGCUUAUUCGUGUCCUGAUGUGAACUUGACACGAGGAAGAAUGGAGCCCCGUUGCGCAUAUGGGCUCAAGUGGGUUUUCUUUGUAUCGGUAUGCAUUUGUUUUCUUGGGACCGUGUAUGGCGACGUUGUUAUUUUGUCGCGUGUGGAUAACAGAACGAGCGAUGUUUUUCCCGACCUUCCGGCUACUUUCGGACGUGCCAUUCCGGAUGAAGGGAUUUGGGGCGAACACAUUUUUGCGGUUCCUGCUGAUGCGUGCCACGCGAUACAACCUGCUCCGAUUGAGGAUUUCGAUUUGAAAUCAAGAAAAAAUUGGAUCGCUGUUAUCAAGAAAGGAGGAGUUUGCGAUUACAAGACCAAAAUUUUCAACGCAAUGCUCGCAAAUUACUCUGCUGCCAUUAUUUAUAACGUCGGCUCUAAUCGUCUAGAAUUGAUGCGUUGCUUGGGUGUCGGAUGCAGUGGCCUUAUCCCGUCAAUUUUCAUAGGUGCUGAUGAUGGCAUGUUCCUUAGUACUUAUGAAUCGACCAAGUAUAUUUUGCACCUGACGGACGAGUUGCCUUUUGAUUUGAACAAGUAUUUGCUUCCUUUCGCCAUUGUCGUCGGGGUCAGUUUCAUGAUAUUGCUACUUUUUAUGAUCUACAAGUGUAUCAGGGAUAGCAGGCGAGCGCGAAGACAUCGCAUGCCUUGGCGUGCGCUCAAGAAGAUUCCUCAAAUUAUUUUCAAAAAGGGCGAUCCUUACGACAUUUGUGCCAUUUGUCUCGACGAAUUUGUUGAAGGCGAAAAACUGCGACUUUUGAACUGCUCACAUGCGUUUCAUUGCAAAUGCGUGGAUCCAUGGUUGACGAAGACCAGACGUGUGUGUCCUAUCUGCAAGCGAAAGGUGUUCGCCAGCAACGAGCGACAGUUGCAUGGGGAUUCAUCCUCGGAUGACGACGACGAUGGCAAUUCACGACGUCCCGUGGUGUCGGGUUUCCCAUUUCGAGGUAACCAGGAAGAAUCCGAGCCCUUAUUGGGUCCUGCUGCUAGGGUUGCAGGAAACAACGAGGAGCCUUCGAGGUUCAGCAGAAUGCUGACUUUUCUGCGACGGAGUCCCGUCAAUUCUCCGAGCUCGUCGUAUGGGACUGUGGAUGUUCAACAACCUACCUUUGCGUCGAACGAGCAAGCAGUCAGUGCCCAGGAGGAGCGUUCAAUCGUCGUGUGAUUCGGAAAUACUCACGUGGCAUCGAGGGCAUUGGAACUUCCUUCAAUUUCAAUUUUUCCGUGCUGUUCCAAGAAUGUUUAUCGAUGAGGACCUUUUAAUGUUUUUUUUUCGGAUGUAGUGCCCCGCCCAGGAACAGAUCCGAUCUUGUUGAAAUGUUUGUUGAAACUGUGAUGGCAUAUUUUGUAUUCGUUUUCGAACCUGAAGGCUAGUUCAUGUUUCCUUUCGACGACUUAUGGAAAUCAGUGAUUGCGGGGCUGUUUUAGUUUCUUGAUGGAUUUGAUGCUGGAGUCGGGAUUUAAAUUUUCUUGUGAAGGAUUUCCGACCGAAACCGAUCCAUCGUGUGGUUGAGGAUAUUAUGAUGUUCCCUGAAGAAGGAUGUUCUUCGAUUUUUAUGCACGGCAUUUAGUGCACGCUUUUUAUAAAGCAAAACAGAAUCAUU